GCUGCGCAUGCGCAGUGGCGCAUCAUGACUGACAGCGGCGCAGCCUCAACUAAAGUAUGAGAAGCUCUAGUUUCAUGCGUUAUUCAGUCCGAAAUCAAACACACUCUGUCUGAAGGCUGAAGGAGUGUGUGUAGUGUUAGUGUGAUGGAGUUUACACUGCUGUGUUGAAGAAACGGUUGAUAUGGAAGAACCUCCCAGCAACUCCGAUGGUUUACAGCCUCAGGAUCUGUCUGUCCUUCCCAACAUCUUCGAUCUGACGCGGAACAGAGAGGAAUGCCUGUUAAAAGCGAAUCCCAUCGAUGCCUUGCGUGUCGUGCAGACGCCGGGCUGGUUCGUCAAUCCUGGGACUAGCAAUGGGACGAUUCUUCCCGAGAAUGACUCUGAUUCGCUUCCCACAGAGCAGAUCCAACCGGACGAUGCUUUUUCCAACACGACUGUCAUGCUAUCGUACCUGAGCCGGUCGCAUGUCUUCGCAGAGCAUUCCCCGGUUUACGGGGUGCCUUCGGCGUUCCUUCGUGCCUAUGAUCCCGGGAAAGACGCGGGAGACACGGGACUCCCGGUGGAUGUGGAUCAACACCUUCUCCAGCAAGUUUCCGUUCCGGUCGGAUUAGCAUCUUGUGAGCAGUUCGCCUUCAUGUCGCCGGCUCAAGUUGUGGAGAAUGUAGCGGCGUUCUGCUAUCUUCAACCACCUCCGGAUAUGGAAAACUUAGCUUUGGAAACGCUCAAGUCUUUACAAGCCAAUCCUGGCGAGUGCAAGUUUCCCAUCAGCGUAGACGAACUUCAGAAUGGAGCUGCUAAUGCCCUGUGGAACGUCGGACCCUUCGAGGGAGGGUUCCCGGAGGGCAACUGCACGAAUCCAGAGGGAUUAUGUCCCAACGCAAACCCGGAGCUCGUCUUUCUCAUCUCCAGAUCCAAGGAGCCGGUCAUUUUACCAAACGAACCGGGAGCCGCAAGCUUCGCUGUGUCGUUAAACCAAAACUUCAUUGGUCCAUUAGAUCCCGAAUCAACUUCAGGAGAGCAAAUGGAAAACGUCUUCACUGAUCCCGAAUCUUCAUCAAUAAACCAAAUGGAGAAUGUGUUCACUGAUCCCGAAUCUUCUUCAGGAGAGCGAAUGGAGAACGUGUUCACUGAUCCCGAAUCUUCAUCAAUAAAGCAAAUGGAGAAUGUGUUCACUGAUCCCGAAUCUUCUUCAGGAGAGCGAAUGGAGAACGUGUUCACUGAUCCCGAAUCUUCUUCAGGAGAGCGAAUGGAGAACGUGUCCACUGAUCCCGAAUCUUCUUCAGGAGAGCGAAUGGAGAAUAUGUUCACUGAUCCCAAAUCUUUUUCAGGAGAGCAAAUGGAGAACACGUUGAUUGAUACUGAAUCUUCUUCAGGAGAGCAAGUGCAGAACUUGUUCACCGAUCCCGAAUCUUCUUCAGUAGAGCAAAUGGAGAACAUGUUGACCGAUCCCGAAUCUUCUUCAGUAGAGCAAAUGGAGAACAUGUUGACCGAUCCCGAAUCAACUUCAGGGGAGCAAAUGGAGAACUUGUUCACUGAUCCCGAAUCAACUUCAGGAGAGCAAAUGGAGAACUUGUUCACUGAUCCUGAAUCAACUUCAGGAGAGCAAAUGGAGAACUUGUUCACUGAUCCUGAAUCAACUUCAGGAGAGCAAAUGGAGAACGUGUUCACUGAUCCUGAAUCAACUUCAGGAGAGCAAAUGGAGAACUUGUUCACUGAUCCUGAAUCAACUUUAGGGGAGCAAAAGGAGAACGUGUUCACUGAUCCCGAAUCAACUUCAGGAGAGCAAAUGGAGAACGUGUUCACUGAUCCCGAAUCAACUUCAGGAGAGCAAAUGGAGAAGUUGUUCACUGAUCCCGAAUCAACUUCAGGAGAGCAAAUGGAGAACGUGUUUACUGAUCCGAAUCAACUUCAGGAGAGCAAAUGGAGAACGUGUUCACUGAUCCUGAAUCAACUUCAGAAGAGCAAAUUGAGAACUUGUUCACUGAUCCCGAAUCAACUUCAGAAGAGCAAAUUGAGAACUUGUUCACUGAUCCCGAAUCAACUUCAGGAGAGCAAAUGGAGAAGUUGUUCACUGAUCCCGAAUCAACUUCAGGAAAGCAAAUGGAGAACGUGUUUACUGAUCCCGAAUCAACUUCAGGAGAGCAAAUGGAAAACUUGUUCACUGAUCCUGAAUCAACUUCAGGAGAGCAAAUUGAGAACUUGUUCACUGAUCCCGAAUCAACUUCAGGAGAGCAAAUGGAGAACUUGUUUACUGAUCCUGAAUCAACUUCAGGAGAGCAAAUGGAGAAUGUGUUCACUGAUCCCGAAUCAACUUCAGGAGAGCAAAUGGAGAACUUGUUCACUGAUCCCGAAUCAACUUCAGGAGAGCAAAUGGAGAAUGUGUUCACUGAUCCCGAAUCUUCUUCAGUAGAGCAAAUGGAGAACAUGUUGACCGAUCCUGAAUCAACUUCAGGGGAGCAAAUGGAGAAUGUGUUCACUGAUCCCGAAUCUUCUUCA